AGCGAUCGCGCAGUGGUUUCCCGGCAGGCGGCCGAAAACAGCAGCAGGCAGACCAAAUCAGCACGAGACCGACCCUCUCCUCCGAAACAUCUCCCUUCUCCCCUUCCUCUCACUCGCACUCGUCUAGCCCACCUGCCCCCACCCGGCGGCCGCAGCUGCGUCUCCCCAUUCUUCCUCCGCCUGCUUCCCCAAUCCCUCUCUCUCUAUCUCUCUCUCCCCAACGGGAAGGGAACGAAAGAGGGGAAAAAAAAGAUCUUCUCUUCCCUCGCGCCUCGUAUGGAGCGGUCGGGCUUGGAGUCUCGACGCGGGGCUUUGUUGGCUCGAUCCGUCGCCGGCUGACAGGGAGACGGUGCUGGUGCUAGUACUGGUGCGAACCUCCUCUUCUUGAUGUUUGCCAAAGCAGGACGGAUGGCAGGACGGCGCAGGCAACUCGGUUUGCUCAGUGGAGAAUCAAGAACUGAUGCCUUGAAUUGCUGCAGAAAUCUCCAUGUACAGCACAAUACUCCUGCGCAAAUGCGGGUCUGAAUGAAGCCUGGUUGGUAGAGCCGAUGGUGGGAGCAGUGCUGCGCAGGAUCCCCUUCUUCUGGAUCCUCCUGCUCCUCUCCUCACUGCUCCUGUCAGUUUCAGUGGCGUCCGUCGAUUUCAGCCACUGUGGUGGCUGCGACGACGCCGAUGACACCAGUCUCUGGAGCACAGACAACAUCUUACAAUGCCAGAAGGUCGGCGACUUUCUGAUCGCCGCGGCCUACUUCUCCAUCCCGCUCGAGCUGCUCUACUUCGCCACUUGCUCCGACCUCUUCCCUUUGAAGUGGAUCGUCCUGCAGUUCGGCGCCUUCAUCGUGCUCUGCGGGCUCACACAUCUCAUCACGGUGUUUACGUAUGAGCCGCACUCGUUCCAUCUUGUGCUCGCCCUCACGGUUGCUAAGUUCUUGACAGCGCUCGUCUCGUUCGCGACCGCCAUCACACUGUUGACGCUGAUACCCCAGCUGCUGAGGGUGAAGGUGAGGGAGAACUUCCUGAUUAUCAAGGCGCGGGAGCUGGACCGGGAGGUGGGCAUGAUGAAGAGGCAAGAAGAGGCAAGCUGGCAUGUGCGGAUGCUCACGCACGAGAUACGCAAGUCGCUCGACAGGCACACAAUCUUGUACACCACCAUGGUUCAACUCUCCAAGACGCUGGAGCUGCAGAAUUGUGCUGUCUGGAUGCCUGAUGAGAGCAGGAGUGAGAUGGUCUUGACACAUCAGUUGAGGGAAAGGGAUAUAAUGGAGGCACACAACCGCUCACUUCCAGUUGAUGAUCCGGAUGUGGCUGAAAUAAAGGCAACAAAGGAUGCAAAAGUUCUUGGGCCGGAGUCAGCGCUAGGUGUUGCAAGCCAAAGCAAGCUUGAAUCAGGGCCUGUUGCUGCAAUAAGGAUGCCGAUGUUAAGGGUGUCAAACUUCAAAGGAGGGACUCCAGAAGUGAUGGAAACGAGUUAUGCUAUUUUGGUCCUUGUUUUACCUAACGAUGGUUUGUUAGGGUGGGGUCCAAGGGAGUUGGAGAUUGUUGAAGUAGUUGCUGAUCAAGUUGCGGUUGCUCUAUCACAUGCAGCACUUCUUGAAGAGUCUCAGUUGAUGCGAGAGAAGCUUGCUGAGCAACAUAGAGACUUACUGCGGGCAAAGCACGAAGCAUUGAUGGCAGCGGAGGCUAGGAAUUCCUUUCAGACUGCCAUGUAUGAUGGAAUGCGAAGGCCAAUGCACUCAAUUCUUGGUCUCGUCUCAAUGAUGCAACAGGAAAGUAUGAAUCCGGAGCAAAGGCUUGUAAUGGAUGCCAUUGUCAGGACAACCAGUGUUGCAUCAACAUUGAUGAAUGAUGUGAUGCAAACAUCAACAAUGAAUCGUGAGCAUUUGUCUUUGGUGAGGAGGCCGUUCAACCUUCAUUCCUUUAUUAAAGAAGCUGUCGGCGUGGUCAGAUGUCUAACUGGUUCUAAGGGUGUAGAUUUUGAGUUUCAAGUUGACAAUUCUUUGCCUGAAAGGAUAGUGGGUGAUGAGAAGAGGGUUUUCCAUAUUGUCUUGCACAUGGUAGGUACUCUAAUAAACCGGUGCAAUGCAGGCUGUCUCUCAUUAUAUGUCAAUAGUUAUAAUGAGGUUGAAGAGAUGCAUAAUCAGGAUUGGAUGCUGCGAAGAGCAAACUUCUCCGGGGGCUAUGUAUGUGUGAAGUUUGAGAUCAGGAUUAGAAAAUCCAAAGACAUUCUUUUGAGUUCAUCUAGUGGUCAGAUAACUGAGAUAAGUCAAGGGCUAAAACCUAACAAUCUUGAGAUGGGGCUUAGCUUCAAUAUGUGCAAGAAGAUUGUGCAGAUGAUGAAUGGUAAUAUUUGGUCAGUAUCAGAUUCUAAAAGCAGAGAAACUAUCAUGCUCGCCAUCCAGUUCCAGCUGCAACCUGCGACCCCAGUCUCUGGAGCAUCCUCAGACUUGUACCGAUCAUCACCAAUUCACAACUUUACUGGACUCCGAGUCUUUCUUGUGGACAGUGAUGACACCAACCGAGUUGUUACUCACAAGCUCCUGGAGAAGCUUGGUUGCCGAGUCCUUUCGGUCGCUUCUGGCAUCCAAUGCAUGGGUUCCUUUGCCAGUGCCGAGUCGUCUUUCCAGCUGGUGAUUCUUGACCUCGCCAUGCAAACAAUGGAUGGAUUCGAAGUAGCUCGCACGAUCAGGAAGUUCAGGAGCAACAGUUGGUUGCCGUUGAUUGUUGCCCUUGCAGCAAGAACCGAUGACAAUAUCCGGGAUCGAUGCUCGAGGUCAGGAAUAAACGGCCUGAUUCAGAAACCAGUCACAUUAGCCGCACUGGGAGAUGAACUGUAUAGAGUCCUUCAGAACAAUUGAAAGAGCCUGAUGGUUCUCAUUUCUUUCAAUCUCAAUAGAUUGCCAUAGCUUAAUUAAUAGUUACUCUGCUACUACUUUCUGCCAGGUUAGGUCCAUACAAUCACAAAACAUUUCGCACAAAGGAAAAUGUAUAGGAAGACGAAAACAGAUUACCUUUUGCUUGGUUCCUUGGUUAAGGAAGGAAAGAAAGAAAGGUACAAAAUUUUGAAGAGAUCAUACAGUUAGAAUCUAAACUUAUUCAUUUGUAAACCAUCUUUUAGACUAUUAAUCAUUUAUGUGGUUAGUUAUU